AUGGAGUUAUUUCGAGUGGAUUAUGCUCUGGUGGGUAUGACCCAUCCGCACACCAUGAUGUUGUUGCCACCAGCAAACGCCCAAAUUAAUGAAAAGCAAAAAAUUGCAGUCGGAGGGCAAGAUGGGGUCUUGCAAGUGUUUGGAUUAAAUAAUGAUGAUAUCGAGGUAACAUUUAAAACCAUUCCUGGUCCUGAAGUUACUUCUAUGCAAUUAGGAGGAGCGCUUGGUACUCCAGCUGAUAAAAUUUUUAUAGCAUCAGGCAAUGAGGUCAGAGCUUUCACAAAACGCGGAAAACAGUUUCUUGGCUUUGAUACUAACCUUACAGAACCUAUAAGAUCUAUGUUUGUUAGUGGUAGCGAUCUUCUUGUAUGUGGAAAUCAUAUAAUGGGUCAUUUCAAGGAUUGUAAAGAUGCUGGAACUUACCUGUGCGGCGACUCCAUAGUGGAUGUGGUUGCUGUACGUCCAGACCUGAACUCGCCCCGUUUAACAGUUGUACUGGCAUGUUCUGGAAGAGCUCUACGGGUUUUAGAACAUUGUCGUGUCUUGUCGACAUUAGAAACUCCAGCUGUACCUACAUGUCUCCAAGUUGUUCCUAAUUCAUCAGCUGUUCUAUGUGGUAUGACUGAUGGAACAAUCUCGUGGUUGUCUUUAGAUGGGCGAGCUGCCUUAAGUCCAUUUGUCGAAACUACUGGUGCAUCAGUCACCUGCCUAGAUGCCAACUUAGAUCCUGAUGGAGGCGGAAACAGCACAUGGAAAUUGUUAGUCGCCAGAUUGGAUGGCACUAUUCAAAUAUAUAAUGUCAGCUCAACGGGAUCUUAUGACGACCAGCCUGAUUUAGCAUACUAUGCGAAUGUUAACGAAGGAGUUUCGUCCCUAAGAGGUGGUAUUGUAGGAAAUUAUGGAAAAUCUGAACUGAUAGCCUGCACAUUUUCUGGUAGAAUAAUUGGACUUACGACCACGCCACCCACAAGUACUAUUGGAACUAGCAGCGAUAUCAGUGGACUCAAUGCAAAUGACAAACGAGCUGAAAAAUUAAAGGCAGAAAUAGCAGAGUUAGAACAGAAGGUAUCGCGUGAAAGAUCUCGCUACCAAGCAUCAACUCAAUCUAAUUCCCUAGGAACUUCAUCAAUACCAGCUUUAGAAUUACGGGAUAUGUUAGUGCUAUCCCGAGAAGACGCAUCUUACUCAUUAAGUUUAGAAGCUCCUACAGCUUUGGAUUUUGUUCUGGUCCAAAGUGAUGUUCCUAUAGAUUUACUUGAUUCGCCGGAUACUACUGCUGUUGUAAGCAAGAGCGAAUGCGAACCUGGGAGUGGAAACUUUCUAUUGGCUACUUAUAGAUGCCAACUAAAUACGACUCGUUUAGAAAUAAGGUUUCGCACAAUGGAAGGUCAGCAUGGGUAUCUAACAGUUCAUGUUACACCAUUAUUACAACCGAAGUGUUGUCAAAUAAGAAAAUAUCUCAUAAGGCCAUUAAGUUUACAUACUAGGACUCACAUUCCACCAGACGAUGACAGGCCAUACAAUCGUUUGCAUCUCCGCGGUCCGUUCAGUUUAGCAGAAAUGCAUUCCUGGCUAACUUAUUGCAUUCCGGAGGUACCAGAGAGGCCAGAAACUCGCGGUGCUGGUGAUGAUAGGGCCAGAUAUACGUUUAUUUCGACACUUACAGGAACUGUUAUAGAUUGCGAAUAUGGGAGAGGAGAGGCUGAAAUUAAAUCAGAUAAUAUUUCGACAAUAGCUGUACUCAAAGAUAUUCUUACUAAAGAAGCAACCAAAAAAAAUAUUAGGCUUGAUAUAGCUUGUACAAUCAAUGAUGAUAGUAUACCUCAUACUCUAAAAUUAAUGGAUGAAAUAUUGCAUUCUCAGUUAGAAUUAGUACGAAAUAUUGCAUUAUUGGAUGCACUGGAUGAAUUAGAUAUUCGUAAUGAGGAUGAUGUACUUGCUUUAUCAGAGGAAUUUAGAGAUGUUUUAGAAAGGGAGAGUGAAAUUCGAGAACAAGCUAAACGAAAGCCUGCCAUUUUGGAUCGUUUGUAUGGUAUCAUAACCGAUUUGUAUGUGGACCAGCAUAAGUUUAAAGGAGUCACAGUUAAAAAUAGUAUAUCAUCAUUAACAAAAAUCUUGGAUAAAUAUGAUUUGAAAACACUGAUUGACUUUUUUGAGGCACAAAACUAA